UGAAGUAAACGAAUAGAUAGAUACUACAAGACUCUAUUGUGGCAAAUGAACAUGAUGGACAUGGACUCGUAAAUCAGAAAAGUAAUGCAAAGCCCCUCCAGCCAUUUCGAAGGAAAAACAACGUCUACAUCAUCAGCCAAUUGACCAUCACCAGUCAUGAUUCCGUCGUUGGGACUGGUCGUUAAGUAUGGAGCCAACGUAACCGCUACCGAGACUCAGACUCAGAUGAUGGUACUCAGGCGACUGCAAGGCACAGUACCUGUUCCUGAGGUAUUUGGUUACACUGAGGAUGGUGGUCAGAGGUUCGUUUAUAUGUCUUGAUUAACGCCGAGACCCUAUAUAUGGAGGCUUAGAGAAC